UAGUGACCUCCAGUGUACACUGUGACAACAGGAAAGGAACGAUGCGCGGGUCUCGCAGCGCACAUGAUGCGUCUGAUAUAUAGGUUUACCCGUUUAAUAUCGAUUGCUGAAAUAAUCAAAUUGCAUGCCAUAAAUCAUAAUGGGCCUUUUGUCAUUUCUUACGCGGACAACAACUGUAUCUGGCACACAACUUGCACAUGAGGUGAUUAUGAUAAAGAUAAAACUUGGAUGAGAAGAGAAACGUAACAUACUCGAGAAGUUGUUUUCAAAAAUAACAAUAACGGUGACAUAAUGGUCAACACUUGCCAUUACUGGAAUGAGAACGACACCUCGUCCGCAGAAAAACGCAGCGGGGCAUUACCGUCGUCUCUUUACGCAUGCUUUCCCCUUUCCAUGUUAGGGGCGGGUCGGAAUUGAGUUAGUUUAAUGCGAAGAACACGUGGAUAUUGCGCUGUUGGCAGGACUCUGAUGUUCAGCAAGGGCAGUUCGCCGCGAAGCCGAAGCAGUGCGUCGAAACGGGGGAGACGCCGAGGACGCGCGGAUUUAAAGACAGUUUAAAAGAAAUGACCGGAUCGAACGUAUGACGGGAUGUUUCUUCCGAAGUCAUUUCACUUCCACGUUAGUUUGAUGAAACGCGCUUCAGCUGAUGGACGAAGCAAGGGCUCAAACUGCGAUAACGCGCAGGUAAAAGAACGGACAACCCCAGGACCAAAAUGAAUAUCUCCGACAGAAAUGUGAAAUUGCACGGAGUAGUAGCUACGUCGGGUGACUAACGUUGUAGAAUAAACAUUUUUGGAAUACGUAAAGCGAACGCCCCCCAAAAUAUCAAACAAUAUGGAUUUCUUAAAUUUCUCCAGUGGGAUCAACGCUUCGCCCGUAAUAAAUGUUAAUUCCUCGUCUGAGGAAGGUCAGUACUCUCUGGCGACCAUCGCAGGACUUGCGGCACUUGUGAGCUUUCUCAUUGUGUUCACUAUAGUGGGAAACGUCUUGGUUGUCAUCGCGGUCCUAACGAGCAGAGCACUGAAACCGCCGCAAAAUUUGUUCUUAGUUUCUCUGGCGAGCGCAGACAUUCUGGUGGCCACCUUGGUGAUGCCGUUUUCCCUGGCCAACGAACUCAUGGGUUAUUGGUUUUUCGGGAAAGUUUGGUGCGAUAUAUAUUUGGCAUUAGACGUUUUGUUUUGCACGUCGUCCAUCGUGCAUCUGUGCGCAAUCAGCUUAGACAGAUACUGGUCUGUUACACAGGCGGUUGAAUACAACCUAAAAAGGACACCCAAACGAGUGAAAUGCAUGAUAGUUGUAGUUUGGCUAAUCUCUGCAGUGAUAUCAUUCCCGCCAUUAAUAUCGAUGGACAGAAACAACGACGACGCUCUGAACCCCCAGUGCGAGCUGAAUGACGAUACGUGGUAUAUCCUCUCCUCCAGCAUAGGUUCGUUCUUCGCCCCUUGCGUUAUCAUGAUACUGGUGUACAUAAGAAUUUACCAAGUGGCCAAAACCAGAACGAGGACAAUGUCCGAGAAAAAACAAGGGACCGACGGCUCUUCGCCCGCCGAGAACGGACUGGGUAAGACCAACUCCUGCAAAGUGAACGGCGAGAAGGAGAACGGGCACUGUUCGUCGAAGGAACAGAGACUGGGUGAGGAGGACGAGAUAGACCUGGAGGACAGCAGCUCGUCCGAAGGCAAAGGCAAGAAAACGAGGGACCUGAGCUCCAGACGGGACCGGCGGAGCAGCCGAAAGAACAGCUCCCUGUCCAAACAUUCCAGUCGGCUGUCCAGAGCUAGCAACAAAUCAAUGGACCUCUUCUCGUCCAGGCGCAAGAGAAGAAACACGGUCUCCAGGAAGAAGAUCUCUCAGGCGAGAGAGAAGCGUUUUACUUUCGUGUUGGCAGUGGUCAUGGGAGUCUUCGUGGUCUGCUGGUUCCCGUUUUUCUUCAGUUACAGCCUGUACGGCGUCUGCAGGGAGAGAUGCGCUAUCCCGGACCCGCUGUUUAAGUUCUUUUUCUGGAUUGGCUACUGCAACAGCUCACUCAACCCUGUCAUUUACACCAUCUUCAACCAGGACUUCCGAAGGGCUUUCCAAAAGAUUCUCUGCAAAUCAUGGAAAAAAUCUUUUUAAACGGCUUUUGACAGUCACGGUAACUUGUGUUACAACUUGCUUGCGCUACUGAACAAUAAAAGCGAAAAACAAGCAGAAACUAAAAUUAAACAAAUAAACAAUGCAUUGAGGGGCGAAUGAAUUCUACUGAUAUAUUGACCCUGAUAAUCUAAACACGAUCAGUGUAAGUUAAGAUAUGAAAACGUUCGUUUUAAAGAGUUGUUUUUAACUCUUGUUGAUAAACGUGAAGAACCUGCUCUGUUUUACUGUUACAGUCACACAUUGUUGCUGUGAAUCAGCGAAACAUGCUUUACACUGUCUGUAUUAAACAUGUUUUUUCUGAUGAGUUUUGUACGGGCAAUGCUAAAUAUGAAGAGGCGAUUUCAUAUUAACCACCUUUGCACAUGUCGCUUUGCUUUUUUGUGACUUGGAAACGCGGUUAUGUGUGAGGCUCGUUUCUUUCCCUGACGUGACGACUGUGUGGCCCGGCCCACUGGGUGGCGGAUUGUGUCACCUGUCAAUCCAGCGCACAAGGCAGCCUACAGCGCGAUAAAUGUGUCUGAAAUGCUCACCGUGCUUGGGGACUGCACAUCGAUAGCAGGACCGCGAAGAAGGCGGGAUCCGAAUAGUUAUACUUUGUGGUUCGACCUGUUAUUUGUGUAGCAUAUUUAUUUAUUUUCACUGAACGCCAUCUAAUAAAUAUGAAGACAAUGUG